AUGACCCAACUACCUCCUCCAACUACCCCGAAAAUAUUGGCCCAGAACGACACCAAAAAUGUGACGGAUGGUCUAGAACCUUUUUCUGGUCAAGAGUAUGCACAUAUCUUGGUUCUUUUGUCAUCUGUGUACACACAAGUGCUUGCUGGGCUGUGCGCUCUUGUUGCCUGCUGCGUAACAUUGCAUCACAUAUAUUGCCACUUGAAGAACUACACUCGCUAUGAAGAGCAGAGAUAUAUUAUCAGGAUUCUCAUUCUCAUCCCAGCGUACGCAUUCUACUCGUUCACUAGCGUCAUGCUGGCGGUGCAUGCUCGUCAGAACAGUGUGUACAUCGAGCCAAUACACGACAUAGCCGAAGCUAUCGCCAUUUACAGUUUUCUGGCUUUGUGCUAUCAGUAUUUAGGCGGUGAAGGAAGCAUAAUGCUGGAGCUCACCGGAAAAACUAUAAGAAAAAUAGAUCCAGCAUUUUUUAUGGUACUUGUUGUUUUGCGGGAAAGCCAUAUACGAUCCUCUUCCUCCGGUUCUGUAAAGUGCCCUAAUUCAGGCUAUUUGUACCUAUUUUUGAUCAACAACUUUACUGUCACACUGGCGUUAUAUGGUCUGCUGUUAUUCUACUUUGCAACACGAGAUCAACUGCGACCAUUCAAACCGCUGCUCAAAUUCGCCACCAUGAAGGCAAUAAUCUUCUUCAGCUUUUGGCAAGACGUUUUAUUCAGCAUUUUGGAGUGGAGCCACGUUGUCAGUGGUAGCCAAGGUUACCCCGCUGGAUUGCUUGCCGCUGGUUGCAAGAACGUGCUUGUCUGUAUUGAACUGGUGAUCACCGCAAUCGCCUUGCGAUACGCUUUUCCGUACAGUAUCUACGUGCUCCAUCAUCCGCCCAGGUUAGUCCUCGAUCUUCCUCUGGGAGGACAAGACUGGUCAGGCUUUGCAGGAACCAAUCCGCUUGGUCAAGAUGUUGUAUUCAAAGAGUCAGCAGCUAACGUAAACAAUAAGCUGCGCACUCUUCGAGCUGAUUUGCUUAUCGGGACAUCGGCUUUUGCAGAACGAUCUCCUCCCACAAAUCAGGCACAACCAGAACCGUUGCCAUGGGAUAUAGCCGAAUCUCGACUCCAAAUCGAUGACCCCGAACCGCACACUUGGGAUGGUCACAACUCAGUCACGCUGCCGACGAUUUCCGCUAGUAUCAAAGCAACUAUCGACCCGCGAGAUAUCUUUGUUGAUGCUGUGCACAACUUUCAUCCAAAUUAUCGGCAUUAUACUCAACAAGGUAUUAUUUCAGAUGAAGGUUUACUGGCUGGCACUUCGAAGUCUUUGACCAUUGCUUGUGGAUACGGCUGUGGUUCAAUCUUCUCCAGAGGAUGA